AUGGAGAAAAUAAAAGAUGAUGACCGCAAAAGGCGGUUAUUAGAAUUAGAAGAUAAAAUUCAAGAUCCCAGAAGUGCAGUAAGCAUUGAUUCUCUUUUGGAUACUGUUCAAGCCCUCAUAUCUGACUGUGACCAUCCUUGUGUAAAAAGGAUGAAAAACAUUGAAGCUUAUACUAAUAGAUAUGACAAACUAGCUAGAGACAUAUGUAAUUUACGAAUGAAAACAGAUGAUUACACAUUAAUUAAAGUAAUUGGUAGGGGAUCGUUUGGUGUUGUUCAACUAGUUCGUCACAAUUCAACUCAAAAAGUUUAUGCAAUGAAACUUUUAAGCAAAUUCGAAAUGAUCAAAAGGUCAGAUUCAGCAUUUUUUUGGGAAGAAAGGGACAUCAUGGCACAUGCCAAUUCCGAGUGGAUUGUUCAGUUGCAUUUUGCUUUUCAAGACACCCAAUACUUAUAUAUGGUCAUGGAUUAUAUGCCAGGAGGAGAUUUAGUUAAUUUAAUGUCUAACUAUGAUGUCCCUGAAAAGUGGGCUAAGUUUUAUUGUGCUGAAGUUGUCUUAGCAUUAGAUGCCAUUCAUUCUUUAGGUUUUGUACAUAGAGAUGUUAAACCUGAUAACAUGCUGUUAGAUAAAUAUGGCCAUUUAAAAUUAGCUGAUUUUGGAACAUGCAUGAGAAUGGGAUCUGAUGGAUUAGUUAGAUCAGACACAGCAGUGGGUACACCAGAUUAUAUUUCUCCUGAAGUUUUAGAAUCACAAGGAGGAGAAGGAUUGUAUGGAAGAGAAUGCGAUUGGUGGUCUGUGGGUGUUGUACUGUAUGAAAUGUUAGUGGGUGACACUCCGUUUUACGGAGACAGCCUUGUGGAAACUUAUUCAAAAAUUAUGGAUCAUAAAAAUUCAUUAAGUUUUCCACAAGAUAUAGAAAUAAGCAAAGCUGCCAAAAAUUUAAUUUACGGAUUUCUUACCGAUCGUACACAAAGACUGGGCAGAAGUGGUAUAGAUGAAAUCAAAGCGCAUCCCUUUUUUAAAAAUGAUCAAUGGAAUUUUGAUAACUUGAGAGAAACAGUACCACCUGUAGUUCCUGAAUUAUCUGGAGAUGAUGACACUAGUAAUUUUGAAGACGUCGAAAAAGAAGAUGCUCCUGAAGAAAGUUUUCCUGUUCCCAAAGCUUUUGCUGGAAACCACUUACCUUUUGUUGGGUUUACCUACUCUAGAGAUUACCAAUUACUCAGUGGUAAAGAUGGGUACAACUCUAUCGGAGACACGGUGGACCUUGGUUUGACAAAAUUAAACACUUCGGCACAAAAAAAUCAACUGGAAAAUGAAUUGGAAAAAGAAAAGAAAAAAGUUGACGAAUUAUGUUUUAAAAUUCAAUCAUUAACGACUCAAUUAGAUGCAAUGAAAACUCGAGAAACCGAAAUCACCGAAGAAACUAGCCAAUUAGAAAAAUCCAUAACUUUAAUUAAACAUAAUUUAAAAGAAGCUCAAAGACGCGCCGACAACGAAGCUGAUAUACGACGAAAAGUAGAAGCGCUUUUGGCGGAAACGAAAAAAAAAUUGGAAGAUGAACAGAAUAAAAGAACGAGGGAAAUGAAUAAUAAUCAGCAAACGAACGAUAAAAUGAAUCAAUUAGAAAAACAAGUCAACGAAUUGCAAGAAAAACUAAAAGCGGAAAGUGAAAAUGCGGCAAAGCAAAGAAAAUUAGUCGGAGAAUUGAUUGUUGUUAAAGCGACUAGUGAACAAUUACAAUCGGAACUUCAAGGGAUGCUUACCGGAUUGCAAGCUCAAAGGGAUAGUUUACAAAAAGAAGUUGCAACGUUACAAUCGCAACUCUCUCAAGAGCGAUCUUCCAGAACUCAGGCUUCGGACCUUACUCAGGAAUUAGAAGGAAAACUUCAAGGAUUGUUGAUAGAUUUAGAUUUAAGUAAAGAAAAAGAAGAGAAAUUAUCCGAAGAUAAUAGACUUCUCGUUGAAAAAGUAUCAUUGCUCGAAAAAGAAAUCGCGGGUAUCACGUUGGAAUUAAAAGCAGCUCACAGUCGUUAUAAUCAAGAAGUGAAAGCACAUCAAGAAACUGAACGUUCGAGAUUAUUGACAAAAGAGGAAGCCAAUUUAGAAGCUGUCAAAGCAUUACAAGCGAAAUUAAACGAAGAAAAAAGUGCCCGUCAAAAGGCAGAUUUACAUUCUCAGGAUAAAGAAAGGCAAAUGUCGAUGCUGUCGGUGGAUUAUCGUCAGAUUCAACAAAGGUUGCAAAAGUUGGAAGGAGAACAUCGUCAGGAAAUGGAAAAGGUCAAAGCGUUGCAAGCGAAUUUGGAACAAGAGCAACAGAAGAAAACUUCACUGGCGACAGAAUUAGGGUUGACGCAAUCUGAAGUUGCCGGACUUAAAGCUCGGGAAACGCAAUUGACCGGAGAAAUUUCACUCUUGAGGCAAAAUAAAAAAUUGGUCGAAGAUGAAUUGCACAAAGUCAAAGCUCAAAGAUCCGUGGAUCAUUUGCAAAUGAAGGAACUUCAAGAUCAGUUUGAAGCUGAACAACAUUUUUCUACGUUAUAUAAAAUGCAAGCUGCGGAAACUAAGGAAGAAUUGGAAGAAAAGCAGAGAAACGUUCAAGAGCUCGAAGAAGAAAGGGGAUCUUUGACUCAUCAAUUGCAGUUGGCAUUAGCGAGAGCCGACAGCGAAGCGUUAGCAAGAUCCGUAGCUGAAGAAACCGUUGCCGAAUUAGAAAAAGAAAAAACGAUGAAGGAAUUGGAAUUAAAAGAUCUCUUAGUCAAACACAGAACCGAUCAAUCGAAUAAGGAACAGACGUUGAAUGUUCUGAAGGAUAGGGAAUCGGAACUCAAAAAACAAUUAGACCAAAUGUCGAAGGAACGGGAAGAAAUGACGAGGCAAUUGAGGCACGUUCAAGAGGAUAUGAAGAAACGAACGAAUCAAGACGAAGAAGUGGAAAGACUUAACAGGGUAUUAAAACAAGAGAUCGUAUUGAAACAACAGGCUGUUAAUAAAUUAGCUGAAAUAAUGAAUAGAAAAGAUAUGAAUUUGAGAGCUAAACCCAAGAUAAAAGUUUCAUCGGCGGAUCUUAGGAGAAAAGAAAGAGAUUGCAGAAAAUUACAACAAGAAUUGACUCAGGAGAGAGAAAAAUACGGUCAAAUGGCUGCCAAAUUUCAAAAAGAAAUACAAGAAUUGCAGUCGCAAGUCAUCGAUGAGAGUCAAAUGAAAGUUCGAUUACAAAUGGAAGUUGAUUCGAAAGAUUCGGAAAUUGAACAAUUGCAAUCGAGAUUAGCUUUGCUCAGCAGCGAAACCGCGUCUUUGAGUUCGGGGGGUGCAGAAAACGAAAACGAUGACGGAUACGCCCAGGAAUCGAGAUUGGAGGGUUGGCUGUCGGUGCCGAACAAGCAAAACAUAAGAAGACACGGUUGGCGUAAACAGUACGUCGUUGUUUCGUCGAAAAAAAUAAUUUUUUACAAUUCGGAAUCGGAUAAGCAAAAUACGGAUCCCGUUUUAGUUUUAGAUCUAAGCAAAGUAUUUCAUGUGAGACCAGUCACGCAAGGUGACGUAAUACGUGCUGAUGCCAAAGAUAUACCUAGAAUAUUUCAGCUAUUAUACGCCGGAGAAGGAGAAGCUAGAAAGCCAGAAGAGGGAGGCGUUCAAACGCUGGAUCAUUCUACAUUGAGAGGAGAGGAUAAACCGGGAACGGCCAUCGUCAAGGGUCACGAAUUUGUUCAAAUAUCGUAUCACAUGCCGACGACGUGCGAAGUUUGUCCCAAGCCCCUGUGGCACAUGUUUCGACCUCCUCCCGCCGUCGAAUGCAGACGGUGUAGAAUCAAAGUUCACAAAGAACAUUUAGAUAAGAAAGAGGAUGCAAUUGCGCCGUGUAAAUUACACUUAGAUCCGACGAGUGCCAAAGAUUUAUUAUUAUUGGCUCAUAAUUCUGAUGAUCAGAAAGCUUGGGUUCAAAGGUUGAGUAGGAAAAUACAGAAAUGUGGGUACAAAGCGAAUAACUGCGUCGAAGGUUCUAAAAUUUCUCCCAGAGAAUCGACGAGGUCGACGAUGAAACCUUAUAACAUUCAACAAAGAUCCUCGACAUUACCGGCAAAUUCAUCAGCGAAUCCAAAAUGA